UUAAAACAAUCAUGGUCAUAAAUUUAACACCAGCAAAUACAAUUGUUGAAAUCUGUAUUAUUCUGUGUUUGGAGUUAUCUCCAUACUGCACGAGGCUAUAUUGCUUCUGUUACAGGUAUGGCGCCACUUUGCUUCAAGGCGGUCGACCACACGCCUACAGGUGUCAUCUUGUAAAGACAAUAUUGUCAUCCCCCUAUCUACUGAGGAGACGUGAAACAUAUUAAAUAUAAAAUGCCAACAGAUUCAGCUCAUUUUAUUCGUACUAUUCGGGCGAAGAAGAGGCAAUGAUACAUUCCGUGGUACCGAAGCGUAUUUGCUUUUCGCUUAUGUCUAGAGGACAAACGAUUACAACGUACGUGCUGCUGCUACCACUUUGCAGCGUGUGCAUUUCAAACGCAGCUGGGGUACCACUACCCAUAAGAUGGGGAAGCCAGGAAUUUCAUUCGUCAGGACCGGAAUUAACUGAAAAUUACGGUUGUACAGAUGAAUCCUGCUUUGCUCCAAGUAUUUGGAAGAAGCAACAGCAGUUAAGUUUAUUAAUGAAUAGUCUUAAACAAGAAGACUACAUUAACGACGUGGAAAUGAUGGAGAAACGCGACCCGCCUGGAACUUACAACCCGGAACCCAGCCUACUUCAAGCUACUAGCGAACGAUCAAUGUUCAUGGACAGGAAUCCAGCCCCCUGUUACUGCUACUCCAAUAGCCGAAGAAACCACGAUUUUGGCCCAGGAACUUAUCCAAGAUACUUAUCUGAGGUCAACUGCAACGCAACUUUAUGUGGCAGCUCCUUAUACCGCUGCCACCCGCUUAAACAUACGAUAUUCGUUAUUAAGAGAAUCGAUUCCAUAGAAGAAACUGUAGGAGACAGGAAUAUUCUGCUGCAUAAACCUCUGUGCUCCCAGUGGAAGACUGAGGCUAUCAAUAUCACAGUGGCCUGUGUUUGUCUCAGGAAUUACUGUCGGGGUUAAGUCGACAUUAAACGGAAAACCUCUUUAUAACAGUCAGUGGCCUAACUCUCGCCAAGUCGCACUUUCUAAUACUUUGUUUCAAGAUUAACAAUAUACAUACAUGAUGAUGGACCGAUUGGACUGAUUCGUAGUUUAAUUAAAGAUGGUUAUUUAACAACGCUGUACUGACUGUAUUGGUUUAAGGUUGAUAAUUUUGUUGACGGCAUUAAUCCUAAACGUAUAAAGUUGUUCCUGUGCUUAACUAAUUAAGCACUACACCAUGAAGACAUAUGGG